CACCAUCAAUCACGAUGCCCAAGCAGAUCAAAUUCGACGACAUACUGGUCAAGCGCGGAGGGUAAGCCCGCAUCACCGUCCCCGUCGUGGAAUUCAAUUGAUAUGCCGGGCGAGGGCAAGCCCAUGGCCGAGCCCAGACCAGAGCCUAUGCUCAUGCCUAGGCCCGUGGGAUGCGCCGUCUUUGGAGGGGAAGCCAUGGCGUCGUCGUCGCCGUUGCUGUCGCCGUCGCGCUCGCCGUCGCCGCCCUGACGCGGGCGAAGGGGAAACGAAAACGUCGGUGGUCGAGCCCGCGAGGAAUCGUGUGUCGGCAUUGUUCCAACUUCUCUCUCUCUCUCUCGCAGAGAGCGGGGGCAGCACUUGCGACUAGUGAUGCAGAGACAGCUCCAACUCCCAGGAGAUGGAUGCUGGCCAAGCCCUCGUCGUGCGGGCGUGGGUUGGGGGUCAGUUAGACCUCCACUAGUUGUCUAUUGCUUAGGUAUGUACAGUACCGUAGGUUACCGACGUGGGGAGGCUCCGCAUGAGGCUGCACCUAAGGUUGAGGUUGGUAAGGUAGUUCCAGGAAGUUUUCAGCAGCUCUCUUUGUAUCGUCCAUCACCUGGUCUGGUCUGGUCUGGUCUGGUCUUCAUUGAACGCGUGCCCUUUUCUCUUGAGCUGGGCCACGUCCUUGGGAUCGUGAAUGGAACCGACUGCCCGCCAUUGGGAUGCGCCCGCAAGCGGCUGCCCAAGCGGCUGCCUUCCAGGUUCCCUUUGAUAGGUACGCCAGGUAUCCGUAAAAGGCGUCUACUGCCCGGUCCCGUGGAGGUCUGCCGGGCUGCAAUAAGCCUAUUCCAGCGGCCAGGCAGAGCGCCGUGCUUGGGCCGCCCGGUUAGGCUUUUAAAGUCCAACGGCGAGCGACGAUUGACGCAGGGCUCUGGGUCCAUUCUGGUGGCCCAGGCCCUGCUGAGGUCGUGUCCGAGACACUGCCCGCCCAGGCCCGUGGAAAAUGGAACCACCACCUGCAGGAGUCGAACUCUGCGUCCAUAGGGCAGGCGCAACCUAACCCCUCAGCUGCCUGCCCCUUCACACCCCUCCAUCACAGCCCAACCUAGGGCCGCCCAGCGAUCAAUUGAUUGUACAAGAGCCUCACAUCGGGCCAAAGCGAGCACAAACAAGCCUCCACUGUUUCAUCGGCACCUGGUCGGGCCCCGCGCUAUCCCCUGCCGGACUGUCAAAAACGAACAUGUCUGCAUUGUAGAUUGUAGGUAAGUGACGGAC